AUGAAAAUAUUGAAAAAAAAAAUUUAUAAUUUUCAAAACAACAUUAUUGAUGUUGAUUUUAUUAUUAUGAGUUUACUAUCCCGUUUCGCUGAUCUCAUUUGUCAUCUAAAAAUUUGUCAAAAUUUGCAUUUUGAUACGAGCAAACCUUUCUCAAGGCAAACUGAAAACACAACUAAGAAAACAAUCGGAAAACAAUGCACAAAUUUAUUGCUUCAACCAGCAACGGAGGUAAAGUCUUGGUUAAAUUCAUUCAAUACGAUCAUAGCAGACGGCGAAGGUGUUCUCUGGAUCUACGACAAACCAAUACCGGGUGCAAUUGAUGCUCUAAACCAAUUGAAAGCAAGCGGAAAGCAAAUCUAUGUUUGUACAAAUAAUUCCACACAAACGCGUCAACAACAUACUUUUAAAGCAGAACGUUUGGGUCUCAAUAUACGUGAAAAUGAGUUGCUUUGUACGGCGCAUGCAACAGCGCAAUAUUUAAAAGAUAUGCAAUUUCUUAAAUAUGCAUAUGUUAUUGGCGCUGAAGCGCUCACCACCGAAUUAGAUGCGGCUGGUAUAGUUUUACAUAAUGACAGCGGGCCAGACAUAAUGCAUGAAGCAGUUGAAAAGUUUGCGACAGAAUUCCGAAAGGAAGCGAAUGUGGGUGCAGUCAUUGUUGGUUAUGACACACAUUUCAGCUUUUGUAAGUUGGCUAAAGCUGUGACUUAUUUGAAAAAUCCGGACUGCUUAUUCCUUGCCACCAAUGUGGAUGCAAGUUCAUCUACAGGUGAUAUGGUGUUACCGGGCACAGGUAGUUUUGUUGCGGCUAUUGAAUAUAGCACCGGUCGAAAGGCGUACGUUAUUGGGAAACCUAGUGCAAAUAUGUGCAUGCAAUAUAUUGAAAACGGUCUGAUACAACCAGAAAAUACUCUAAUGAUAGGCGAUAACUACCAAACGGAUAUGCCAUUUGGACGCAAUCUUGGCUUUCAAACACUGCUAGUUGGUACGGGUACACAUACGUGGAGUGAUGUGUUGCACUUGAAGAAGUUGAACGGUAAUUUGGUAAAGCAUUUCAUGCCAGAUGCAUAUAUACCGAAAUUGGCCGAUUUGAAAUACUUCCUGCGUCGCUAAAAU